AUGAGCUCAGUAAAUCUUGACGAUGAUAAUGUUCAUGUAAGGGAGUUGAAUAAGCUGUUUCUUGGUUGUGCCCGAAAAGGCGAAACUUUUUUGGAUGCGGCAGGUUUGCGAACGCUUUGUGAGAAACUUAACUUGAUCUCAUAUACAGAGCAUAUUACUGAACGGGUUCUUGAUGGGUUUCGUAUUGUUGAAUUUCCAGAGUUCAAAGAACGAUUUGUGCAGUUGUUGCCGGAAAUUAUAGAUAAGCUGCUUGUAAAAAGCUAUGAAGGAAGGGAAUUUAGGUUGACGUCGUUGGAUGUAAACAAUCUUUUUGAUCGUAUCGAUCCGAAUAGCUCUGGAUUCGUCGCACUUCACCAGUUUCUUAAAGAAUUUAAAAACCAGAAGAGGCUGAGCCAGGAAGUGAAUUUUAUUAGCGAAACUUUUGUUCCUGCUGUCAAUUUGUUCGAGUCGAUAGAUCCGGGUUUUUCAGGUAUCAUUGAUAGCCAUGAUCUAUUGGAACAUUGGGCCACUUGUGGUAUUAGCACAGAACAGGGAAUUAUGGUGCUAAAGCAAACCGGCCAACCUUAUGAAGGAAAAAUUGAUGCUAUUGCGCUGAGUGGAAGAUUAGAAAAACAGCUCGGGGAUCUAGCGGGCGGUUCUUCUGCUUCUGUGGUUGUACGAGUAGCACUUGUUUCACUUCAUGCGUUUAUAGAUCAUUUAAGAUGUCUAGUGAAAGAAGGAAGUUCACGAGCUGAGCAUUUGUACAAACAGCUUCAAGUAGCAAAUCAGCGGCGCAAUAUGCUGAUUGAAGAAUUAGAACAGAAUCAGGUUUCCCUUGAACAAGGCUAUGAAUUACGACUGAAGGAGUCAGAAGACCGGUAUAAAUCUAAAAUUAUUCAAAUUGAAGACCGUUACCUCGCAGAGAAAAAGGACCUCAUGAAAGAGCUAGAACAAGCUGAAGAAGAACUUUCUCGCUUUCGCCAAACAGAAUGCUCAUCACGUAAUCGAUUACAGUUGCUGGAAAGGCAAUGUGCGCGAUUAAAAGAAGAAGCAACAGAAAUGGCAAGCACUGUGCACCAACUGGAGCAGUUAAACAGACAGCUGAAACAAGAGUUAAACAAGAUGAUACAGCCGCGAGCAAACGACGAUGGCAGUUCUACAGUUAUGUGGCGUCAUCGUGUAGAAUUGCUUUUAACUCAUAAUAAGAGACUGCGAGAGAAGAUUGAUGAGAUGGCAAAAAACCAGAAAAAGAAACCUGUGACAGUCUCUUCAAUGGAACCUCUUUGUACUCAGUGGACCAGCGCUUUUCGAGCACAAUUGAUGCUAAUGCGAAAAAGGCAUAUGAACAGAACGAACAACGACACUCUUUCAGAGAUGGAGAGUGAGCCUGAAACCAUUUUUGUUAGGGCUCGAAAGCGGCGGUUUUUGAAUAUUCGCGAACGGAGGCGGCGGUAUGAACGAGUAUGGAAACAAAUCCUUAAUCGUGAAAUAUUAAGUGGCAGUUCAGAUAUUGAGGGGAAAAGCGGUUCUUUUCAAAAAUCCCUGGAUGUGCAGAAACUGAGAGCUUUGGUUGAGAAGACUAAGUUAGAGGAGAUCAGGAAACUGAAAGAAGAUCACCAGAAAGAAGUAGAUGAACUGAAAGCGUCGGUUAAUCAAGCAGUCAGUGAGGCUUUAGCUGUUCAGGCGAAACAGAUGAACGAAAAGUUUGCAGAAGAAAGGAAACAGUUUAAUGUAAGGUUGGAAAACGAAAGAAAUGAAUUAGAACGGAAAUUCGCCAAUGAAAAAAUGAAAUUGAUCAACAGACUGCAGGAGGAGUUUGAUCAUGAACUGAGUCGUAUGAAACAGUACUCUUCUUCUGUUAUUCCAUCAACUGCUCGAAAGUACGAGCGUGAAAUUGAGGCCUUGGAAGCAGACCUUCAAGCCCAGGAGAACAGUAGUGUUAGGAAGAUAAAAGAUCUGAAGGAAAAAUUUGCUGGUCAGUUUGACACACUCUCAUGUCUUCAAACCCCUGGUUCUUCGGCGAACUCUUUUUACCAUAUGCUUUAUGAAAUGAGUGCUGAGUUCGAUGACUGUUUAUCUGGUCGGUCUGAUGUUAGUGGGUCGAAGAAAAAUCAGACAAAGUCAACAUCUUUUUUUCCGAAACGAAAUAAGUUCGAUAUUACGAAGUGUGGGCGAUGCGAGCUGAUUGAUAAUAAAUUGAAGCUGCUUCAGUCGUCUUUUACAUGCGACGGGAACAUUACUGAAAGUGGGAUUGAGGAUUUGGGCUCAAGCGCUGACAGCUCUUUGGAGGUUGUAAAGUUUUGUAGCCUUUUACCAAUGGAAAAAGCGAAACUGAAGGAGGAAAAUAAAAAAUUGAAAUUGCGUUUGGAGUCAUUCAAAGAAAAAAUAAUGGAUUUGAGAUCAGCGUUAGUUCUUCAUAAUGGAGAGCCCAACCGAUACAUUGGUAUAAUGGGUGGCAGUGAAUGUUCAGACUUUCGGUUACCGCGGGAUAGCUCACUGUUUUUAACGGACGGGAAGAUUGGUGCUCACUGUCAAUAUUUUGCUGUGCUAGCAAAUCAGCUGGAGGCUGAAAAUGUUCUUUUGAAUGCGCGUUUAAUGGAAUAUAAAGAGCUAGUUAAAUAUUUGGUAAUCAGGUGUAAGGAGCAGAUGGAUGAAAUAUCUAGACUGGGGAACCUCUUUCGGCAACUUGUUUAUUUGGAAUCUCAAUCAUCAGCUGCUGAAAGUGUUGAUCCUCCUACGUGA